AUGGCAAUCUCGGGAGGAUACGCUAGAGCAACAUUAAUCGUUAUCCUUGUGGUUACUGCAGUGCAGGCAGAACUAUCUUCAGAUGAAUCGCAGCAGGGAUCGGCGAACAGCGAGGUGACCGCAAGGCAAAGAGGUCCUUUCCAUUCUUCAAUUUAUCCCUUUGGUUGGGGCUGGGGAAUUGCAGCCUUCGUGAUUGCGGUCGUUAAAGGAGCAAUCUGGCUGGGUAUCAUUAUGAUUUGGGCAUUUUUCAAAGGCUUCCCGGCCAAACAUGGUUGUGCGCCAAUCAUCUUGAGGGAACCGUAUUACCCGGAGCAUCAUCACCACCACGAAGAGAUCGUCUGGGAUGAUCCACACCACCACCGACGCUCCAUUCGGGAAGCGGUGCGACCAGGCGAGGAAUCCGAUCUCCUCCUCACCGACAUGAUGACCGAUCUCGCCUUCAGUUUUCUCGGAGUGCACACCAGGCACUGCCGGAAGCGAUUCGUGUGUGAGGUGGACGUUCGGGCGAAGGAUGAUUAUCUGCUUAAGCUCGGCACCCGUAUGCUCGGAGUGGACAUUUUCCGGAAGUACAGAUCGGCGGAAGAUGUAGCAGCAGACAGCAUGGAACAGUGCGCUAAGCUCUAUCCACAGUGCAAAGCGAAGGGAGAUUCGAUUACUUUUAAUGUGUUCGACGGUCAAAGUAAUGGGCAGAUCGAUGACUAUGAUGAAGCAGUCACAGAACAGGAUAACAGUUAG